UUCCUUUAUAAAGCCGCACCUGGACCAUUUGAACACAAUUCGUUCUGACCAUCUGCACGAGCACCUACCUCCGAGCAGCAUACCUACGGAACACCGUCGCCGUCGUCUUCGUCAGAUAACCACCGAUACAAAUAUCAUUAUCAAUAUGAAGGUCUUGUGUAUUACAUUACUUUUGGUCGCCGCGGCGUUCGCUGAAACCAAGGAUCAACCGAAAAAACGUAGCCACGAAUUCGGACACGCAGCAUCCACUGCCUCUUUGGGAUACGGUGCUGGUUUUGGAUACGGAGCUGGUUUGGGAUACAAAUCUGGAUACCAAUCGGCAUACCCAUCAUCCUACUCAGCUUAUUCAGGUGCAUACCCUGCAGUGUCAUACUCAUCUUACCCAGUCUCUUCCCGAGCCUCAUACUCACCUUUCUCUGGUGCCUACCCAGCAUCUUACUCGGCUAACUCUGCUGCCUUCCCUGCAUCCUACUCGGCCAAUUCUGCUGCCUUCCCUGCAUCUUACUCCGCCUACUCCGCUGCCUACCCGGCAUCUUACUCUGCUCACUCAGCUGCCUACCCAGCAUCUUACUCUUCUCACUCGGCUGCCUACCCAGCAUCUUACUCGUCCUACUCGGCUGCCUACCCAGCAUCUUACUCGUCCUACUCGGCUGCAUCUCCAGCUGCCUCUUUCUACAGUGCCUCCCCGGCAUCUUACUCGGCUCACUCCGCCGCCUACCCAGCAUCUUACUCGGCUUACUCCGCCGCCUACCCAUCAUCUUACUCGACCUACUCAGCCGCAUCUCCAGCUUCAGUAUACGGUGCCUACCCAGCAUCAUACUCUGGUGUCAAUGCUGCUGCAUUACCAGCAUCUUACUCUGCCGCCAUCCCAUCAUCGUACUCUGCAUACUCUGGAGCAUCUCCUUUGGCAUAUUCUGCCAAAUCUGCUGCUGCUUUGAGCAACGCUGAAUUCGUAUCGAGCACAGUUGCACCAAAAGCUGCAUCUUACGGCGCCACAGAAUACUUGGGAUCUCAAACUUUCAACCUCAACAAAUAGAUAACGAUGAAAAAUUUAUGAAACGAAAAUAUAACAAUGCAAAUCAAUGAAUAAUGUAUGUGUUUAGAAUAUAAAAUAAAUACAUUUAUUUUAAAGUUA